CGCCCCGCCCCCUCCCCUCCGAGAGAAUAAAAGCCGCCAGACCGCGGGCUCAGAGCGUGCAGCCUGAAACACCCAACCCGAGCAAGCGAGUGUCAGCCGCAGCGGACCCUCUGCCUCUCGCGCUGCCGUGCCCACUGGAGCCCGCCGCCGAUCUCCCCACGACGUGCUGCCCUGCGCCCGCAGCCAUGUGCCGGACCCUGUCCGCCUUCCCCACCACCUGCCUGGAGAGAGCCAAAGAGUUCAAGACCCGGCUGGGGAUCUUUCUUCACAAAUCAGACCUCAGCUCCGAUACUGGGAAUGCUGGCAAGUCCGAGUGGAACAACAAACACAGCAAAGAGCGAAACUUCUCAGAAGAUGUGCUGGGAUGGAGAGAAUCGUUUGACUUGCUGCUGAGCAGUAAAAAUGGCGUGGCUGCCUUCCAUGCUUUCCUGAAGACGGAGUUCAGCCAGGAGAACCUGGAGUUCUGGCUGGCCUGUGAGGAGUUCAAGAAGAUCCGGUCAGCUACCAAGCUGGCCUCCCGGGCGCACAGGAUCUUUGAGGAGUUCAUCUGCAGCGAAGCCCCAAAAGAGGUGAACAUAGACCACGAGACCAGAGAGCUGACCAGGACCAACCUGCAGGCUGCCACGGCCACGUGCUUCGAUGUGGCUCAGGGGAAGACACGCACCCUGAUGGAGAAGGACUCCUAUCCGCGCUUCCUGAAGUCACCCGCUUACCAGGACCUGGCUGCCCAGGCCUCGGCCACCAACGCCUCUCCGUCCAGCUGCAGCUCAGCCGAGCCCUCACACACCUGAGCCUCGUGGCAGCGAGGAGCCAGCCGGGAAGAGAGGUUGAGUCACCCAGCCCUGAGGCAGCUGCCCCUGUGUGGGAGGCAGGUUCUGCAAAGCAAACAAGAGGACAGUGAAGGACAAAGCUGUGUGGUUUUUGUUUGUUUUUGGAAGCAACAGCCUCUCCUCCAGAAACGGUGGGACUGAACUUCAUGCAUGAGAGGGUCGUCCCCACUCCCAGGGCUUUCGGACGAGGGCUGAAGGUCACGGCGGUGUGGUGCUCUCUGGGGAAAAGGAUGGUGGUGCAGGAGGUAUCACGGGCUCUUGUCAUUCUCAACGGGGCAGGAAAGAGUCCAGGGGGGUUUGGGAAAUGUAAAUAAAGGGAAACUCAAAAAUGGGAGGGAAAUCAGCCAGGUCAGCUGCUCUGCCUGUGGCACAGUGGACCGGUCACAGCCUGUGUGCCUCAUUCCCAGGCUGUCCUGGGCACAGGAGGGAGCCCUGGAUGCGGACCCUUCCCGUUCCAUCCGCCCCACCUGCCUCGGCCGCCUAAGGGCCCUUUAGCUUGUACUUCUUAACACUCCCGUGUCCAGCCUCACAGUCUUUUCAAGGCCAGGGGACCAGCGUGACGCUGGCCCCAAGGGAGAUUUUUAUACCUCAAACACUGGCCUUUGGGCCCACUUCCAAGUCAGCGGAGAGCCCCCAAGAGAAGCCAUCUUGCUCAUGGGAAAUGAA